AUGCCCAAAGUGUUUUCCCGUCUUACCUUCAACUGGAUGGCACCUCUUAUGAAAAAGGGCUAUCAGCAAUACUUGACGGAAAGGGACUUGCCAUUUUUGCCCCGUCUCCUCCGCUCCUCAGAAACGUCAGAAACCUUCUACCAUUAUUGGUCCUCUCAGUCUUCACCUUCCCUCGGAUGGGCACUUUCAAAGGCAUUUGGUCUUUCUUUUGUUAUUGGUGGACUUUUCAAAGGUUUACAAGAUAUCUUGGCUUUUGUUCAACCACAAUUGCUUAGAUUGUUGAUUCGCUUUGUCAAUGAAUACUCUCAGUCAUUGAAAGAUGGCGAGCCAAUCCCACUCACUAAGGGUUUGAUGAUCGCAGGUGCCAUGUUCUUGGUAUCUGUGACCCAAACUGCAUUUUUACACCAAUACUUCCAAAGGGCUUUCGACAUGGGUAUGAAAAUCAAGUCUGCCUUAACCUCGGUCAUUUACAACAAAUCUUUGACAUUGUCGAACGAAACGAAGCAAGCCUCUAACACGGGUGAUAUUGUCAACCUCAUGUCUGUUGAUGUCCAAAGAUUACAAGAUUUGGUACAGAACUUACAGAUUAUUUGGUCUGGGCCUUUCCAAAUUAUUAUUUGUUUGUAUUCUUUGCAUGGGUUAUUGGGUAAUUCCAUGUGGGCAGGUGUUGCAAUCAUGGUUAUUAUGAUUCCUUUGAAUGCUGUCAUUGCUAGGUAUCAAAAGAAAUUGCAGAAAACACAGAUGAAGUUCAAGGAUGAGAGAUCCAGAUUGAUUAGUGAAAUCUUGAACAACAUUAAAUCCUUGAAGUUGUACAGCUGGGAGCACCCAUACUUGGAAAAGUUGAACCAUGUGAGAAAUGACAAGGAAUUGGCUAAUUUGAAGCGUAUGGGUAUUUUUGGAGCUGUCUCCAAUUUUACCUGGACUUUGGCUCCAUUUUUGGUCAGUUGCUGCACUUUUGGGUUAUUUGUGUUGACCAGAAAAGAUGUCAGUUUAUCUACUGAUAUUGUCUUCCCUGCGUUGUCCUUGUUCAAUUUGUUGUCGUUCCCAUUGGCAGUUGUUCCUAUGGUCAUUACUAAUGUCGUGGAGGCACAAGUUGCUGUUUCAAGAUUAACUAAGUUUUUGACUAGCUCUGAGUUGCAAGAGAAUGCGGUGAUAAGAGCACCUAGAGCUGAAAAAGUUGGUGACGUUGCCGUGUCUGUGAAAGACGGUACUUUCUUAUGGUCAAAGCAGAAGGGAGAAGAGAGCUACAAAGUUGCGUUAUCAAAUAUCAACUUGGAAGUCAAGAAAGGAGAAUUGGAUUGUAUUGUCGGCAGAGUCGGUUCUGGAAAAUCCUCCAUUAUUCAAUCUCUUUUGGGUGAUUUGUACAAAUUGAGAGGAGAGGUCAAGGUUCACGGUAAGAUUGCGUAUGUCUCUCAGGUUCCAUGGAUCAUUAACGGAAGUGUCAGGGAAAACAUCUUAUUUGGUCACACUUAUGACCCUGUAUUCUACGAUUGUGUCUUGAAAGCAUGUGCGUUAACUGUGGAUUUGAAAAUCUUGCCCAAAGGUGACAAGACAGAAGUCGGUGAAAAAGGUAUCUCCUUAUCUGGUGGACAAAAAGCAAGACUUAGUUUGGCUAGAGCCGUUUAUGCACGUGCUGACGUGUACUUGUUGGACGAUCCUUUGAGUGCUGUUGAUGAACAUGUCGGAAGACAUUUAAUUGACCAUGUUUUGGGACCUCAAGGUUUGUUGAAAACGAAAUGUAAGAUUUUGGCCACCAAUGCUAUCCAUGUCUUGAGUAUUGCUGACAAUAUGCAUAUGGUUAAAGACGGGAAGUUGAUUGAGCAAGGUUCUUACUUGGAAAUAAUGUCGCAGCAAAAGAGUCAGUUACGCCAGCUUAUUAUUGAGUUCGGUAAGGGAAACAAAAGUUCGUCGACUGCGGCAUCUUCCUCCGCCAACUCCACCAAGGAGUCAAUUGCAAAGGAAUCCAGUCCAAAAGAAGCUGACGAAAACAAAGAUAAUGUUGAUCUUACCUACUUGGAGAGUGACACUGAGAUUGAUUCUGCAAGUUUGAGAAGAGCUUCUGAUGCACCUCUUUUGACAGACGAAGAACGUGCCAUUAUCCAAGAAGCCGAGGAAGAAGAUGACGAAGAAGCAAAGGCAAGAAAAGAACACAGCGAGCAAGGCCAGGUCAAAUGGGACGUUUACAAGGCGUAUGCUAAGGCAUGCAAUCCUAGGAAUGUUGUCAUUUUCCUUUUGACCACUGUUAUGUCGAUGUCCUUCAAUGUCGCCUCUAACGUUUGGUUAAAACACUGGUCCGAAGUAAACACCAAAUAUGGCUACAACCCCCAUGUUGGUAAGUACCUUGGGUUUUACUUCCUAUUGGGAAUUGGCUUCUCUUUAUGCGCGUUGAUCCAAACCAGCUUUAUGUGGGUUUUCUGUACUAUUCAGGGAUCCACUAAGAUGCACAAUGGGAUGGCCACAAGUGUCUUGAGAGCACCCAUGUCCUUCUUCGAGACUACUCCAAUUGGCCGUAUUUUGAACAGAUUUUCCAAUGAUAUUUACAAGAUCGACGAAGUUUUGGGCAGAGUUUUUGGUCAGUUCUUCAGUAACUCAACGAAGGUGAUGUUCACCAUCUUUGUUAUUUGUUUCUCCACGUGGCAGUUCAUUUUCAUUGCUGCACCAUUGGGUGUCUUAUAUGUCUACUACCAACAAUACUAUUUGAAGACCUCCAGAGAAUUGCGUCGUUUAGAUUCUGUUUCCAGAUCUCCAAUUUUUGCCAAUUUCCAAGAGUCUUUGAAUGGUGUAUCUAUUAUCAGAGCAUAUGGCCAGGAGGAGAGAUUUAAAUUCUUGAACCGCAACAGAAUUGACAGGAACAUGAGAGCAUACCACCCAGCAAUUAAUGCCAACAGAUGGUUGGCUGUGAGAUUGGAACUUUUGGGUUCUUUUAUCAUUUUGGGCUCUUCAGGUUUAGCAAUUUUGAGUUUGAAGAGUGGCCAAAUCAGUGCUGGUUUGGUUGGUUUAUGUGGG